UCGCCACGUGCUUCUCGCGAUCUUUCGAUGCCACGCGCGAUCGAGACCAAAAUCUUUCGUCAUGACCUUGUGACGAUGAUCGACAAAACAGUCGCUCAAAUCGGUUUUAUUUACUUAAUAUUUUUCAAUUCAAAAAGAAUUCCAUUAUUCGAUACAUCGUUAAAUUUUCUAAUCUAAUUAUUGAUGGUGCGACUGGCACUUGAAAUAGCAAAAAAUUCUAUUGUUAAGUCGAAGUGAGAAGCGAGUCUUCGCACGAGGAAAAAACGAGGAAACACACAUCAUGAAGCCUGUAGUUCUGCUCCUCGCCAACCUCAUCACUUCUUACGUAUCCUUUUUAGCAGCCGCGGACGCGAGAACCACCGUCGGUCAACGAACACAGAGGAACAACCACAGCAACAUCAGCGAUCUGCUGGAUAAUCUGCUGCGCGGCUACGACAACAGCAUUAGGCCGGACUUCGGCGGGCCUCCGGCCACCGUCGAGGUCGAUAUCAUGGUACGCAGCAUGGGCCCCAUUUCCGAAGUGGAUAUGACGUACUCGAUGGACUGUUACUUCCGACAAUCGUGGGUCGACAGGCGUUUGGCAUUUCAAAGCGGCAAGGAAACGCUCGCCCUGAGCAUUUCUAUGUUAGCGAGGAUCUGGAAACCCGACACGUAUUUCUACAACGGCAAGCACAGUUACUUGCAUACCAUCACCAGUCCAAAUAAAUUCGUCAGGCUUUACCAGGACGGACGAGUGCUUUACAGUUCAAGACUCACGAUCAAAGCGGGAUGUCCGAUGAAUCUCGAGGACUUUCCGAUGGACACGCAGAGAUGUCCGUUGCAGUUUGGCAGCUUUGGCUACACGGCGCGCGACGUGAUCUACAAGUGGAACAGCGCGAGGCAGGUCGCUAUAGCGGAGGACAUGAAGCUGUCGCAAUUUGAUCUGGUCGCCAAUCCCACCGCAAAUCACUCGACUGCGCCGGGAUUUUCGCAUGAGUACUCGAUGCUCCUGGUGUACUUCCACUUGCAAAGGCACAUGGGUAACUUCCUGAUACAGGUGUACGGUCCUUGCAUUCUGCUGGUCGUCCUGUCGUGGGUCUCCUUCUGGUUGAACAGAGAAGCUACCGCCGAUCGAGUUUCGCUUGGUAUAACUACUGUGUUGACGAUGACAUUUUUGGGGCUCGAAGCCAGAACCGACCUGCCGAAAGUUCCUUAUCCCACUGCCCUGGAUUUCUUUGUCUUUCUUUCGUUCGCGUUUAUCUUUGCCACCAUCAUACAGUUCGCGGUGGUGCAUUAUUUCACCAAGUACGGUUCGGGCGAAUGUUACUUCAGUUCGGAUUUGAGCGAAACCGAAAGCUCGAGCGAGGAAGAAGACGCGGACAGAAGACCGGCGAGAAGUCAACCGACUCGCAGGAAGAGCUCUUCGAGUUCCGGUGCGCGAGGACGCGGAAAUCGCUUUGCGAUGAGCAACGAUAGCACGAUCGAGGUGAUACCGCUGUCGGCGAUCUCGAUACCAAAUAAGGAUUCCGCUGUGGCCGGUCAUUGGCAGGUAUCCUGUGUAAGCUGUAGCCCAUCUCCGCGACGAACUUUGCCGCCGCCACCGCCGUCUCGACGCACAACGUCGUCCACGUCCAGGCGACGACGCCGACGACGUGCCCCCAGGUACAACUCGGUGUCGAAGAUUGAUCGCGCGAGUCGCGUGGUGUUUCCUCUCUUCUUCCUCGCCAUCAAUCUCUUCUACUGGUACGCGUAUCUCUCGCGCAGCGAACGGAUGCACUAUUACAACUCAAAUGCCGCGUGAUCGGUUCCUUCUCUCUUCAUCGCGGACGAAGUGUUUACGAAGCGUUGAAAUUGAUAAUCAAGGAGGUCGACCAUGUAAUUUCUCUUUUAAGAGUGAAAAAGGAUUCUCACGUGGAAUUUGCGCAUAAAAAUUAUGACCUAAUUUUUCUCACUGCGAAACGAUGAGAUUCUCUUAUCGGAGAAAAUUAAAAUUUCGGAGAAAUUUGAAAGAUGACACAAGAGAUGUGACACAAUAACAAAAAAUUAUUAUUAAUUACACAACGUAUGAUCGGGCGUGUGCAACUUUGAAAUUCGCAUUUAUAGAGGAGAAAUGCAACAAACACGAAAUUAAAAAAAAAGUUAGCGCAUAAAAAAUAUGUUACAAAAUCUAAGUGUACGUACUCUUCUGCCACAAAUGAACGUACGCAAUACUUGAGAAGCUAAAGAAAAAACCUGUUAUCUUGAUACACAUGAGUUUAUUUAUAUACAUAUAUAUAUAAUGUGUUAUCUCUCUGCUUCUUUACCCUUGCCUUAAAAAAUUGAAAUAAUAGUUCGUAAGAUCGGUGAGUCGUUAAUUAGAAUCGAGUGACAAUCUAUUAAAAAAUGUUGAAACAAAUGAGUAGCUUGCAUAGACAGACAUGAUCGUGUGUGUACUUUGAAGUUAAAAAUGUAAAUUUUCUAAUCACACAAAAAAUCGAAAGUUAUUCACAAGAAGAUGAAAUAACACAAGAUGAAGAUAUUUGUCUGAUAUAUCAAAAGAAAUGCGGAAUUAGGAUGUGAGUUGGAUCAAGAUGGAGAGAUUGAUAUUAUCUGGUUUUCAGUUCACGCUGAGUUUUUUAUUGGUCAAAAAAAGAAAUAAAAUACAAAGACGAGACAAUCCCACAUACCAACUUCCUCGAUUCACACGGAUAUCAUGAACUAUAUGCGACAUCUUGCGGAACGUCUAUAACUGCCACCGACGCUUGAUAAAAAAAAAAAAAAAUAUAUUUGCGUUCUUAUCAA